CACACGUCCACACUUGCCCUUGGUACAGUCCGACGUGAACGUUCGCCAAAAACGCAUCGACGACCGAAGACGACGUUUGUGGUUCUUCUGCACCAAGUCUGUGGUUCUACUCGCCUAAACCCUCCUCCCCCGCUCUCGGUCGGUAUUCACGCAGCAAAAAAUUUGGUAAAGCAAAAGCUCCACCGGAAGUUAGUGUGUAUUUGUGAGUGUGUUUGUGCGCCGUUUCGUGUGUGAAGCAAAGCCCCUUCUCCCUCGGAAUCACACUUCCGUUUGCCGGUUACCGUGUACACGUUUUGCAGUGUAUCCACCUCCGUCUGUGUGUGUGUGUGUGUGUGUGUAUUUGUGUGCAGUUAUUGAAAGUGGUAUUGGUGAGCGAGCGAGCAAGCGCAAGCAUAUAUGUGUGGGAAAUAGAAAAUCCACCGAGCCAACAUCCAUUCCUUCGCUCGAUGCAACAUUGUUAGAAGAAGCAGCGGUUGUUAAGCAGAACGAAGUGUGAACGAAGAGAGAAAGAAAGAGAGAGAGCAGCAUAGAGAAAAGCAGCGUUCCCGAAGCUUUCUCUGCUAGUGGUUUAGUGCGUUUCAGUGUGUGUGUUUGUGUGUUUUUGCUGCAGCUCCAACAAGAUAGUACAGGGCCAUUUGCAGGUCGCAAAAAAGCCGGUCCCUGAGCUAUACCCCGCCGGUGUGUGUCCGAGCUCCACGUGCCGUGUGUCAGACAACGCCGGAAAGAUACUUCUGUUAAGAGGAAGUACUACAGCCGCGCCUCGUAGCGCCUACCCUGGAGCACCACCGCCUGCACCGGCCACGCUAAAGGGUGCCCAGCGACCCGCUAUGACUAGUCCGGCCAGCGGCAUUCCCGGUGCACCGUACAGAGGCACUGCCUGGACGCAGGGUUACGCCCCGACACAACCAACCUACCGAUACACUGCACCGCAGACCUAUGCAUAUACACCACACACGACAACCCAGGUAAGCCUCGCCAGUCACGAUUCAGCACGCUUUGCCCCGUCUGCCUGCCUGCCUACCAGCAGCAGCUACAAUCGGUACGGACAGCGUGUGCCGACAGCAGCGUCGCCCAGCAACACGAACUCGAGCAGCUCGUCCAACACCGGCUCGCAGAGCGGCACCCUGAGCACGAGCCUGAGCAACACGACCAACACAAACAACACGAUGGGUCCUAGCAACACGCCACAGCAGACGGAGCAGCUGUCCAAAACGAACCUCUACAUUCGCGGCCUGCAACAGGGCACGACCGACAAGGACCUUGUCAACAUGUGUGCACAGUAUGGAAACAUCAUCUCUACAAAGGCAAUAUUAGAUAAAACAACAAACAAGUGUAAAGGAUACGGAUUUGUUGACUUCGAGUCGCCGUCCUGUGCCGAGGGCGCCGUCAAAGGGCUUCAAGCGAAGGGCAUCCAAGCUCAGAUGGCCAAAGUGGGUAUCUGGGUGCUACAUAGGCCGGCCAUUCAACAGGAGCAGGAUCCUACCAAUCUGUACAUCGCGAAUCUUCCCUUGAACUACAAAGAGACGGACGUGGAGAAUCUGCUGUCCAAGUACGGCCAGGUCAUCUCGACCCGAAUUCUGCGCGAUCAGAAUGCACAGUCGAAAGGUGUCGGUUUUGCGCGAAUGGAAUCACGGGACAAGUGUGAGCAGAUUAUACAGAUUUUCAACGGCACGCUGCUGCCGAACGCGAAGGAACCGCUGCUGGUGAAGUUCGCCGACGGUGGGUCGAAGAAGAAGAACCCGUUCAAGAGCCCGGACCCGAACACGCGAACCUGGCGCGAGGGAGCCGAAGGCAUCCCGGUCACCUACGAUCCGAACAUGCAGCAGAACGGCAUCGGCGUGAACGUCGGCACGCACAUCAACAUGCCGUACAGAGGGUUCAGCACGCCGCAGAUGGGCAGCUAUGCCGUGCCCGGCUCCCAGUGGGUGCCGAGCUACAUGAUGACGCAGGCGAUUGCCCCCGUUGAGGAGCAGGUAAGGCAAUACGUUCAGGUUCCUGCUUCGCACCUGAGCGUCGGCACACCGUACAAGACGGACGGUGUGACACCGGUGCAGCCCCGUGGCGUCUCGAUGAUCAUGUCCAGUGAUAAUCCAGCCGCCGUCCAGUACGGCAUGAUGCCCCAGCUGGCAACACUGCAGAUUGGCUCCUCGCCGAUCCUAUCUCUCCCGCAGCAGCAGUACAUCAGCCCGACAGCCUAUCCGUACUAUCCGACCCAUCCGACGUCGGUCAUCCACACGCUGCAGAUGGGCGACACGGAGCAGGCGAGCACGGCCGCCUCGCCGGACGAAGCGUACACCACGCAGUAUCAGCACGCACCGAAGUAGAUCUUGCCGGUGCCGCGCGUAAAGAUCACACCCACAGGAAGAGGCCAGCCAGCAGCAGCCGCCGCCGCCCUCCCGUAGCCAAGACACAACCACCACCACCACCACCAACCACUACAACCACCCAACCAUCACCAUCGCCGACUUUGAAAUGCUGAAGCACGAUCGAAAGAGAGAGAGAGAAAGAGAGAGAUAGAGAGAGAGAGGAAACGAUGAACAGUUGCCCAGCAGCCGCAACAGCAGCAACGCAACCACUCGAUCGCGUGUUUCUUUUAGGGCAGUUUAUUUGAAAAGUGCGUUUUUUUGUUUGUUAUCCUUUCUUCACACAUUGGAAGAAUCGAAAGAGCGAAGAUGAUCGCGGAGGGUCGCAAAAAUACCCCCCUUCCCCCGUGAGGGUCAUGUACACCGAUCAUGGCUAGCGACGAAGCAGGCAAGAACACCGCAUUACGUAGUAGAUGCAUCAUUUCCACGAAAUGAGAAUGACUUGACGUAGCAAGAACAAACACAUCACACACACGCGCGCGCGCGCGCUGAUGAUUGAAGGUAGUAUUAGAGCAGCAGACGUUGAUCGUAGCCGAUCAACUGCUAGGGGUAUGUGUGAAGCAUGUAUUUACCAAAUGAGACGAUGCGCCGUUCAAUCGAAAAGGGUAACAUUGGAGAAAACCGCAAUUGUCCGGGACUGAGGGUGCCACGAGAAAGAAACGCUCGAACGAAAGAGGUAAAGAGCGCUUCCGUUCCUUCACCUCUUUUGGGUUUUUUUUUAUUGCGCGCAGAAAGGUAGGCCAAAUAAAUGAAGAUACCUCAAAACACGAUGCCACGCGCAACCGGUGCGCGGUUUGAACCUGCUUACCGCAAACACCGCGCAAGCGCGCACUACGAAAACGAAAUGAAACUAAUACGAAUGAAAACAGCAGCGCCACUAAUCGCGCGACAAGACACGAACCCCCCUCGCACGAAUCCUCAUGUAAAGCAGCAAUGAGAUGGAAGUAAGAACGUGUGUCCGGUCCGGUGACAAAUCACACACGAUCAGCGACACCCGCGUAAUGACUGAAUAACAAACUCAAAACUGCGCUUGUUGUCCCUUUCCCCGAUGCUACUCACACGUGCGAAACUGUGGGCACGCUAGCGAUAUGGCGAAGUGGUGUAGUUUCGCCCCCACUUCCUGUUGAGUGGCCCGUGCCAUAAGCACGAUGAAAAAGGCUUUUGAAAUGGAACCCCUGUGCACAUGGCUACUGCUGUGCUCUCGCGAGGGACACGGUGGUGGAAGCUCAGAGCAAUGCUUGCUUGCUCUGGACUAGUUGAUUGCUGUGCGCGCAAAAAAGACUGUCAUAAUCGCACGCGCGACCGUAGAGUGCGCAACGAAACUGAAGCCACGCGAUCUUUAAACGAUCAUCCAAAGAAACAGGAACGGUUAGGCUUUGUUCUAAUGCCCAUCAUUAUCAUCGUCACCGCUCAAAAGUAGUUGGUGUAGAUUAUACACAGAUUGAUCGCUUCCGGCGGAGUAAGUGUGUGUUAUGGUUUCCCCGGGAGCUAACCACCCUCCGGAACGGAAAUGAAGAAAAAAAUCCCCAAAAUUUCCCCGCCCCCCCCCCCCCUUCCUCCCACACGAAAGCUGGAUUGGUACUGUCUGCUCUUCCCUGUGCUGUUUGUGGGAAAAAUGCGUCGCCCGAGUUUUAGUAGAGUUAAUUUUAAUUUAUUGUUUUUCUUGUUUUCCCCCCUUUAUUGCCCUUUUUCCUUUUUCUGUGUUUUCCAUUCCAAUGUGUGGAAAAUGUGUUUUUGUGUCUUUGUUAAUUAAAAAAAAAGAAUGGCGCGGUAAUACGCGCAAGAAGAGUAAACGGCGGAGCUCUGGGAUUUUUUUGUUUGUUUUGUUUUGUUUUUGGGAGGUACGGAACGAAACGUGGAGCAGGAACAGUUAGCGUAAGGUUACACACGUAUAGGGGACAGGGGAAUAUUUGAAAUUUGCGCGAGAACGGGCCGGACAGACGGAUAGCCGCGCCGGCGGGUGUGACGUUGCGAACGAAACCGGCGGCGGAAGCUGAAAGCGUAAGAAACUAGUUUAUAUUUUAGUCGCGUAGAACGAACGAUUUAAUGCAGAAGCAAAUCCCAAUGAAAGCGGGGAAUAGAGGAAGGGAGCGAAUGAGAAGAAAAAAACACACCCCUCACCACACACUCCUCGGGGCCCGUCUUUUUCUGUGCUUUUUGUGUCGUAAUGUGUGCAGGUUUGACGUGGAAGAAGUAAUUAGCAAAGGAAGGCGUGCGAAACGAGGGGGAAAACACACACACACACACUGGGCUUAUUAUUGGAUAAUGGAAGAAAAAGGCAAGAGAAGAAUGAGUAGAAAAUUUAAAGCAACACACACACACACACACACACACACACACACACACACACACACACACACACACACACACACACACAGGAAAGCUCGAAAAACCCGCCACCCGGCAGAGUAUGUGUAGAGAGUCAGUAAAUGCCGCGACACGGAUACCCGCUCGCGCUAGCUUGAUAAGGUUAGUUUUUAGUGUGUUUAGUAUGUUAAGUAGGAUUUUUCGAAGGACUCUUCCCCCCCAUCCAACUAGCCCCUCCACACCCUAGCGCUCUCCCUUAGUUUUUUUUUUCUUGCUAUUUUCAAAUCAUUUCCCACAAAAUGCACAGACUCUUCUGUUUUUGUCUGUAUUUGUGGCUUGUGUUUUGUUUGUUUUCUUUUUCCCGUUGUUUUUGCAUCUCCACUGACUGGUUGUUAGAUUUGACUUUCACGACCACAGCGUGUUAUUGUAUUUUUUAUGUAUUAUUUUAGUUGUUUUUGAUUUUUACUGUCCACACUGACGUGUGUUGAUCACGUUUUUCACAACAGUUCUUCCAUUUUAGUUUUUUUUUUCUUUUUCUGCUUCCACUUUUGUCCUUGGUGUGAUUGUGAUAGCGCUUAAUGUUGGAAGAACGCGGUACGUAAAGAACGGUGUUAAACGUUCUCUAGGAAAAGUGAAUCUAGAAUGAAUGCGCAAGCAGAUGAUCGAAACAAUGUGAGCAAAGUAAAGUGAAGCAUAGAAAAUAGAAGCAAAACUAUCCAACCCAUUUUCUCCCUUUCUCUGAAAAAACGAAAAGCUUCUGAGUGCAUUUGCCGCACGAGCGACGAACACGUGUCUCGUGUUAUUUUUUUGUGUACGAAUUCAUUUCCAAUUAGAUUCGUUAGCAAAUCGCGUUAAAUUGAGUUUUGUUUUGUUUUGUUUUUUUUUUGAUUUAUUAAAUGCACGUUAGAAAUUAGUCCACUUUUGCGUACGGAUCGGAUAGUACGAUCGUAUGCCCCUCCCCCCCGCCCCCCUUUUUCUCCCAUCUUUCGUCCCCCCUCUUCUCCCCGAUUCCUCGCUUGACGAAACAGUGAACGUUUACGAAGAUAAGUUGUGAAUGAAUUAGGAUUAUUCAAGAGAGAACACGAAAAGAUCGGGCACCGUCGCCGCCAAAACUCCACACAAACACACACACACAUACAGACAUGGUGCCGAUGUGGUGCCCCCGAACGCGGCGCCUAACGAACAUUUGCGGAUAAAUAAAUGGAACAUGAGUGUGUAGUACCGA